AUGAGCACAUUCUUUUCAUUAGAAUUCUUUCCGAGUGUUCCGUACGCGAACUCCCUGCUUGGAAAUAUAACUGUUAUCGUGGUUGCGAUUAUACUAACAUUUUUUGAAAAAAAACGCGAUAAAGAAUUUCCUGGAUUGGUCUGGUUAUUUUAUUCUAUUGAAGAUGGUAGCAAGUUGACAGGACAAACCUUUGUUUAG